AUGCUCCCCACCACAGUCCUUCAUGAUUAUUACGCGAUUCUCGGGAUUCCCCAGUCCGCAGACUCGGCUACCAUCAAGUCGGCAUACAAGAGAUUGGCUUUGGUCAAGCAUCCAGAUCGACGAAGAAAUGAGCCCAAAGCAACAGCCGAAUUCCAACUACUCAACGCUGCGUAUGAGCAGCUUCGUGAUGUCGUUAAACGUCGAGAAUAUGACCGAAUAUAUGAAUCAACAAUACGUCCCCUAAAAAUUAAGAAUCAAAAAAUAGCAGAACUGGACGGACGACUUCGACAACUCAAGGACAAGCGCAGGAGCCAUGAAAAUUCGUUAUACAACGCAAACAAGGACCUCAUUAGACUGAAUGUGGAGAGAGACAGUCUAAAAGGAGAGAAAGAAUGGAUUAUGAAAGAAAGGGCUACAGAAGAGACAUGGUGGUUUUAUAUGUGCUCCUUUAUGUCAGGCAGAGCGGCAGAUUUUACACGACAGAAGGAACGACGAGAGACUAUGCUGAUUAGUAUUAUUGGGAAAUGUUGCGCGAAGGACUUGGACAUUGAUCUCAAACUGAAGGACGUUCAAUCUUUCAAGGAAAAGAUCUAA